AUAUCUCUCAGCCCAAGAGCUUUGGCUUGCAGCGCGUAGAGAUGUGUCGCGUGAGGUGUGUGUUUAGCAACGGUUCAAGAUUUAUUUAAGUUUGACGUGAAAUGUGUGUUGAGUGAGUUACUACAUGGCAACAUGUUAUUUUAUAAAGAAAAGUUGUUGUCAGCUGGACAGCUUAAACGUCUCAGCGAUCAUAAAUACAGCUGUUCUAGUGCAAGUCUUUUAGAUCCAUUAUUACAACCUUGGUGGAAUUGGUUGGUCAGCAAACUGCCAAUUUGGCUUGCACCCAACCUCAUCACUGUGUCGGGUCUUAUUGUGAAUAUACUAACAACUCUCAUCCUUAUAUAUUACAGUGCAGAUGCGAAGACCGAGGCACCCAGAUGGGCCUGUUUUAUAUGUGCUCUUGGACUCUUCGUGUACCAAAGUUUAGAUGCAAUUGAUGGUAAACAAGCUAGGCGGACAAAUACCUCAAGCCCGUUAGGAGAACUGUUUGAUCAUGGUUGUGAUUCAAUUUCAACUGUUUUUGUGGCCUUGUCAGCGUGCAUAGCAGUGCAGUUGGGUUACUAUCCAGCAUGGAUGUUCUUCCAGUGUUUCUGUGCAAUGACACUAUUCUACUGUGCCCAUUGGCAGACAUAUGUCUCAGGUACUCUACGAUUUGGCAAAGUUGAUGUAACCGAAGCACAAUUUACUAUCAUACUCAUUCAUUUAAUUUCUUCAAUAUUUGGGCCAAGUGUGUGGAUGACACAGAUUCCUUGGACAGGGGGAAGAGUGUGUCACUUUGUAAGUGCUGCAUUUUUUUGUGGCUACUUGCAUCUUUUCACACAGUUCUUCCUUGUCUUUCAAAAGGGGGGAGUUGGAAAAAACGGCUCAACAGUUGCUGGCACAAGUGUACUAUCACCAGUCAUACCUUUUAGCCUUGUAAUUCUACCUGCAUAUAUCAUAUACAGGAAGAGUGCAGAAAAUGUAUAUGAGCAACAUCCAGCACUAUAUAUACUUGCAUUUGGUAUGGUGGCAGCGAAAGUGACAAACAGAUUAGUGGUUGCUCAUAUGACGAAGAAUGAAAUGGAGUAUUUAGAUACAGCACUGGUUGGGCCGGCCAUGCUGUUUCUCAACCAGUAUUUCAAUUUUUUCAUUCGUGAAUAUAUAGUGUUAUGGCUGUGUUUGUUGUGGGUGACAUUUGACUUACUGAGGUACUCCAGGCAAGUGUGCCAAGAAAUAUGUGACCACCUGAAGAUACAACUUUUUAGGAUACCCAUAAGAUCCCCUGUUACUGCAGUACCUGCUCCGGAGAAAAAUGCAUCAGCAGAGGCGCCUCAAGAAAAUGAUUCUUGCUCAAGUGACGAUGACAGUCACCCACUAUUAGAUGCACAAGAUAAUACAAUAUCCUGAAAUUUAGACUUCUUGAAAUGUGUGUGCGUGUUACGGUUUGUUCUCAAGUACAGCAUGCAGUUUCAGGAAUUUCUUGCUUUCGCAGUGUAACAGUGACAUAACUUGACAGCUAAAUGACUCAUAAUAUGCAUGGCAGUAAUGAGAGAGAAAUUGGCUAUUGCAAUUUUUUCAUAGCAGUCUUACCAGGAUUGCUCUAAAAGGUAAGAAUAUUUGUCUUUAAGAUAGAUGGUUCAGUAUUUUUAAAAUAUCUAAGGUCAUGUGCCUUAUGUCAAAUGCUGCUGAUGUUGCACAUAGCCAGCAUUUGAGAACUCAUUUUUAUUGGAAGAUGAGUUUUUUUUUCCAAUUUGCCCCAGUCCUUUGCUUUGGUGUUUCAAGCUUCUGUUUCAUGGUGUGGAUAGUUCUCAUUGUAUACACAAAAGUGGCAACUUAACAAUGAUUGUACAUUAUUUAUAGCAGUUGCAGAAUGCAAAGGGAAAACAAUUGUCAUUGUUAAAAAUGCCCAAAAACUUACAUCUAGGGGAUUGCAUGAACCCAUUAAGUACCUGUGUGUUGUCUGCAUUUGCUGUGUGUAAAUGUGUGGAAGUCUUUCAUGUUUGUUUUUAUCCUGAAUUUGUUUUCUGUGUAAUGAUAUGAUAGCAACAAAUGGUCAGAUAUAAAAUAGAUACGGCUUAUUGGUUUAUAAAACUGAGUUUGCUUGGUAAAACCUGUGCAUUUCUUCCCAAAAUGAACUUCUGCUCAUUAGGAAUAAAUUUCAAUAUUGUUAAGUAUUUCAGUGGUACACAAAAAAGCAGUGUUGUUUUUAGAAAUCCAGUCAAUGUUUUGUUACUUCCGUAUGGUUAUAUUUAUUUAACACUUUAUCAUAAUAUUCCUGAUAGUUGAGAAGACUUGUUUUGUUAUAUAAGCUUCAAUAGCUGCAAGAAGUUGUAAGGACACAGGCAUAAUAUAAAGACUUAAGGUGUAGUCAUCUUUGAGGCUCAACAACUUUUCUUUUUUAACUAAAACUUGUAAACCAAGUAAAUACUCUGUAAGCUGCCAGAUAACAGUUUAUUAAUGAAACAUUAAUUCUUUCAUUAUAUAACAAUAUCCAGAAAAAUAUAUUGUAAAUUAUGACCUUUAUUUUACUUUACAUUAAAUCAUUCACAAAAUGUAAACUGCAUACACAGAUUGAGUGACACACAUUUUGCAAAGUAGUUUUUCCUCUUUUUUCCUACAACUCCUGGCCUGCCCCCUCUCCCAUUCCUAGUCUACUUCAGGAGGUUCUCAAUGACUUAAACACAGUUGCAUAUAGGUCUAUAUUGAAGUAGAGUUGCAAAAAUUUGCAUUAAGUUUUAGACAAAUUUUUAUGUAUACUUACACAGACAUUGUGUACAUUUAAAACAUAUCAUUUCAAAGUGCCUACUGUUUAUACCUUUUUUUAUUCCAGUUAGUAAUUUGUUUUGAUGUGUCAUGCUCACUGUAACAACACAAAAUUCUUUGAAGAUUCUCAAUCAAAUCCUCUGGGAAUGCUUUUAUUAGAAAAUAACAUCACAUACAUUUGAUGGCUCACUUUGGAAGCCUAGUGACUAUUUUCCUUUAUUUAAUGAGUUCUUGCUGCUUGCUAGUACUUAACAAAGGAAAAAAAAAUUAUCUCAGAUUAUGGUGUUUCACCUUGCAUUUGUUAGAUUUUUACAGCAAAUUAAAAAAAAAAUGUAUGAACUUAUUAGUGGAUACUUAUUUGUCAUAGGUGGGUAAAGCAAAGGCAGUGCUGCAUAAACGAUAUCUCCCUCCCUCCCUCCCUCCCUCCCUCCCUCCCUCCCUCCCUCCCUCCCUCCCUCCCUCCCUCCCUCCCUCCCUCCCUCCCUCCCUCUGUCUCUCUCUCCCUGUCUCUCCCCCCCCUCUGUCCUUCCCUCCCCCUCUGUCCCUCCCUUCCUCCACCUGUCCCUCCCCCUCCCCACCACUCUCCCUCACCUCCACCACCCUGCCUUUCAUACACACCAGGAAUCUACAAGAAUUUGCGAACUCUAGGCAAAAAAAGGAUCUUGGUGAAUGUGAUUUCCAUCAGCUUCAUUACUUUAUAACCCUGUAUCAGUUUUGAAGUUCCAAGUAUGAUAAAACUGAAAAGUUAAUUAUUUCAAUUUUGCAAGAAAACCAGCUGAGCUGGAAUGGUUAAGACACUAAAAUCACAUUUGGGAGGACCAGGAUUCAAACCCUCCAGCCACCCAAAUUUUGUUUACAGUGGUUGUCUUAAAAUAUUCAAGACAAUUGUUGGGAUGCUUCCUUUGACAAUGGUGCAAUAUAUUUCCUUCUUCAUCGUUGCAAAAUCUAAGUUUGUACUCAGUCCAAAGGCAUCAUUGAUCAGAUUUUAAAACCCUCACCUUCUUCCCUUUUCAUAGAAAGAAAUGAUACAACUCUCACCUGCAAUCUGUAUACUGCAAGAAUCCAAUUACUACUACUACUACUACUACUACUACUACUACCACCACUACUACUGCUUCAGUUAUACAUUUUUUUCUCUCAGUGAUAAAUUCAUGGAUGAAUAUGGUUUGUGUUAUCGCUCACAUAUUUUAUGUUUGUACAUAAAGUCUCAAGCAUACCCUUCUUUCUUUUGUAGUGAUCAUGGUUAUACCACUGCAAACCUGUCAGUAGUUCCUAGAUGAAUUUUCACUCUACAAUGGUGUCUGCACUGAUCUGACACUUCCUUGCAGAUUAAAACUGUGAAAUAUAUGAGAAGAGGUACUUGUAAAUUUAAAACUGUGAAGUUGGAUUGUGCUUGGAUAGCUCUGUCAAAAGAGCACUAGCCCACAAGGGGAAAAGUCCCAGGUUCAAGCCUGAUCCCCCUUUGUACCUUUGCAGUUUCAUUGUCUACAAUAACUGUUGACGGAAUGUUGUAAUGAGAAAGGUAUAUUUAACCCUGGAGUCUAUGGUGUCAUAACGAUUUAAAAAAUAUUUCAAAAGUUCAACUUUUUCUUAGAACAACAGCUACACAAAAGGAAGUUGUAUGUGUUCAAGCCCUAGCCCACUGUCAACUUCAAUAAAACAGUCUCCACUUAUUUAAUUCCAUUUGCACCGGAGAAACACACCUGCUAAAGAGCAACACAUUUGUAGAUAAGGAAAGGGUGUUGUUAUGUCAAUGAUUGAGUUUCUGCUUAUACUUGCACACAGUGGUGAUUUGAUGGAAAUUGGUGAGCUUUCCCCAGAUUUAUAGUUUACAAAAACGAAAAUUGUUAAAGACAACGUUAAACUGGGCAUCAUUUUGUCAGAAAACACAAGAGUAUUUCGUAUCACUUUCAUCAAGCCAUGAUCUAUGUUCACAAUGUACAUGAUGGUUACAAUUUUGCUACUUGAGAGAGCCUACUUGAAAAAUAGGUUAUCCUAGGACAAUGAAACAUUGGGAAGACACUUGUAAAGACAUGAAUUGAACUUUGAACAGCUUGUUAAGAGCUGGCAUUUAUUGGAGUUGUUUACUGUGUGCAAAGAUUGAAACCGUUUAAAGAUCUAAGAAACAGUAUUUAGUAAGUGUUUUGCAGUGAUGAAAACUGCAGCAUGGAACAAGAUAAUAAAACCAGUAAGGAAAGGCAAAUCAUUGGUGGAUAUUACAUAGAAUAUAAGCAACAGAUAAUUGUACUUUUGAUUUAUACAAUUCAUACACCUGCAGCGCAUGUGAGCAUUCACACACACACACACACACACACACAUACACACACAUUCUCCGUGCCUCAUUUUUCGUGCCUCUAAUUUAAAUCAGACAGUUUUUUGUACAUAUGUUCAGAAACUAUGUUGUCUUCCAUUAACUUAGAAGUACUGGAGCAAUUGUAGGACUCUUGGUAACAGACACAUGUAUUGGAGAUACAGAUAUUUCAAAAUAGGGAUCAGGUAACAUGAGUGGUUGAAUGGACAUUAACAAGAUCAAAAUAGUUUCUGAGCUUUCACCCAGUGUCCAUCUUCAGAGCUGACUGACUAGUGAAAACAUACAUAUACACACACCCAUGGUAGCAUUCUGUCACCAAGGUGGAUUGUUGCAGUAGUGUUGUACCUCUCAGUCGUUCAGUGUCGACUAUAUGAUGAGUGAUUAGAUUACCUUUACUCCUUCCACUAUUUGUAUUCCACCUUCUACUUCUCAGUAUCAUCUGAAUCUAAUUAUUAACACGUGGCUUCUACCAUCCGUGUCACCUUCAUUUAUAGCUCAAUUUUAACAUUCCGAAAAGUGUUCUUGAUUUAACUUCUGUAAAUUAAAUGUUCUGAGAUUUUUAUGUAAUAAAAAUGUAAAUCAGCUCUUUAAACUUCAGCAGUGAUGCAUUCAUGAAGUGUUACAGGCUCAGAUUUCAAUGGAAUGUUUUUUGUGCGGUGAUAUAUUUGUAAAUUACCAUUCCUAAUUACUGGUAUAUUAAAGAGAAGCAGUAAUUUAAAAUAAUUUAACUUACCCUUAGUAUAGUUGAAUACCAACCCACUUGAGCAUUAAGUCAGGCACUCAUCAUUUCUGCUCCUCCUCCUCCUAGCACAAAUGAAUGUGCUGAUUGUUUACAAAUGCAGUGUCAUGAAACUUACAUUGAAAAAGGUAUUUUUAUCCAGUAUAUACAAAUAUAGGGUUUCUUUCCUUGUGUACCACUGAUGCAUUUAUCUGUUGUAGGAAAUAAUGUUUUAAGAAGUAUGGAGACAUGUAUAAAAGUUGAAUCUUUGGAAAGAGAGGUCUUUAGCAAUUGCUUAUGGAAACAAAAAUGAAGGGAAUAAUUCACGAAGACUUUUAUGUUCAUUGCAUACUAGUCUUCUUUGUGUGGACCAGCUUCUCUUUCCUGCUGUUUGAGUUUUGCAUUUUACAGUCUUUUAAUGCCUUGGGCUUCCUUUGACAUUUUGCAGUGUGAAGCUUAACAGAAACAAAUUCCUCACUAUUUGUUAAUUCUUGUAAGUUACCGUAAGAAUUAUCGUAUGAAGACUUUUUCCCAAUGUCAUGUUUGUAGAGAGUGCUGUACAAACACAUUGCAAAGUAAAAUAUUUGUAUAGGCAAUUUGGAAAUUUUUUUUAAUAAGUUGCCUGUUUCCUAUUUAUUUAUUUAUCCCCAACCAGUAAUGUACAAAUGUACUGUGCUUGCUCCCUUUUAAAUGUCAAUUGCUCUGUCCUCUCAUCUAAGGAAAUUUUGCAAGAGAGAUUUUAUUUUGUAUCUACUAUUUAUUUUGUGAUUUUAUACCUUUAUUGUGUUAUCAAGCAUAUGUGACAAUAUUGCUGGCUUGUGAUGUUUGUAACAGUUUAAUAAAAACAAUGUCAACUACCAGUUGAAGAAAAUGUU